GGACGAUUCCAAAGCCUACCUGUAUUCUAUUCAUUUAGUAAUUGUUAAACUGUGGUUUAAUGGCUCCAAUUCUUUGAUCAUUUCAGAAGGUGUUCAUAGGUUGUAGUUCAGGGAUUAGUUCUAACCUGACCAGAGACCAACGCCCCUACACUAAAUUUCGAACGGAGUCUAAAUAUCCGAACUCAAAAGAUGUAUAAUUCAUUUUUGUAGAAUUGUCACAUGUCUAGCGGAGAUAUUAAUUAGUCUAUUACACUUGUGAGUCGUAAUCAAAGAUUUUUACGCCAAGGAUUAAUACAUUACACCUGGAAUAUAAUAUACUUAUUUGUAUAACGAGGAAAUUAAAAUUUCUUCCUGUAUAAAGGGAAAGUUAUUAGAGGGAAAUUAACCUGAGAACUUCAUCAUUUAAAUUUGGAUUCCACGUGUUUUUGAAACUGACAUCAUGUUUACAUCAAAGAUUCAAUCAAUAUUUUGGACCGCUGUGUUAUUGAUAUUAAUAAUGGUUUUCACGGGUACUGUCAAAGGUCAGUCAGAUCACGCAUUCCAGGGAAGAAUAAACAUCACUUCAGUAACAUGGAACAGCAACCUGUCAAUAAGGGACAGCCAGGAGUUCAAGAAUCUGUCAACAAAGCUGGUGCAAAUAAUCACUUGUGCAUUUGAUAAUAACGCAACAGGCUUACUAGACAAAACUGAUAUUGAGAACUUUACGGAAGAUGGCGGAGUCAUAGCAACCUUUCGGUUAGAACUAACUACAGUUAAAAACACCUCUGAAAUCUUCGACAUAAUGAAGAAAGUUACAGGAAACUGUACGGAAUUAGGCGACUUAACAACCAGUAGCUUAACUAUCCAAGCUGUCAAAACAAUUGAACAACCUCCUGGAACAAGUUCCCCAAGUAUAGGCUCUAAAACUACAACCUUAGGACCAUCCAGUAUGGUUAUAGCACCAACAAUAACAGCACAACCUGAUAUAACGUCAUCUAUAACGUCACCCAAAGAUGUGUCUAGCACUAUUUCACCUUCAUCUCCGCACCAACCUAUAUCGAGUGAUCACGUUUUAGUUUCUACACAACCACUUCUACAUGAAAGUUCUGCAGCAGUCCAAACAGCAGCUCUUAGUUCACACCAAAUUAUUGUUACGACAUUAAAUGUCAUAGAAACAGCAAGUUUAGGCAGCAGUAAUUCACCGGAAGUCAAAAGGGGCACACGAAUGGACUAUUCCACAAUUGAUAUGUCACCAAUAGCAGUGGUAUCAUCUGGUCACCUGGUUGCCGGCCUGUAUGAUAAUAUAACAUCGACAGAAGCUGGUUACUGGUCACAACAACAUUCCGAAGAAAUUAAUCCAACUACCAAUCACAUAUUUUACACAUCGUUUGCGUUAAACUCAGAUUCACAGUUUCUGUCAGUUAAACCGGAAUCAUUUUUAAAAACUUUGGACAUGUCAGAAGCGUCUGAUGCUGGAAAAGGAACAUUGAUGUCGAUCUCAUCCAACUUUGUUGGUAUUAACACGAAUCCUACACGUGCAAUAUCAUUGGAAGUUACUAAAACUUUUGACAGUGCUCUUCUUCUAAACACUGAAACUUUGAACUCUCUCGACAUAACUUCAUCAACAGCUUCUAAUAACUAUCAACUUUCUUCUAUUUCAAUUCCACCAGCACUUUCGGUUUCUAAAUCUGUAGAAAUGUCUAAUAUUCAGGGUGAAUCGUCAGUGACAAAGAGUGCCGAAUCAGUAACAUUCCCACAGCAAAUUCUAACGAAUAAUUCAUUGUUCAUUGGGCAACCGAACUUCGACAACCAAUCUAAAAUAUCACAGUUAUCACGCAUAAACGUUCAAACAUCGACGUUCAAUUCAGUUAUUCCUCAGUCAUCCGAAAUUAUUAUGGAAUCGUCUGUUUUAUCACAUGAUUUUCCUGAAGCAGAAAAGGCUCAGUUAUUACAAGAUAUGAAUGUUGAAAAUUCUACACAAAAUGUGAACUCCGAGACGUUACAUAGAAGUUCAAGUGUGAUGUAUGCUUCUAGUUCACGGUUAGUUUCUGAGUUAAGCGAAUCUGAAUUAAUAUACACUAAAAGCUUAUCAUUUGGAAUGCAAGACUCAUCCAAGGCUUUACAACCAUCUUUAGAACGGCCAUCGACGGAAACAAAAUCAACAUUGGUACUCCCGUCGAUAUCUUCUGCUUUGGAUUUACUAGAAACGUCCUUUAGAACAGAAUUAUCACAAAGAUUGGUAGCCACUCAUACCGAUAAAGCUACAGCAACAAGUUCUCUUGGCGGGGUCUUGUCAUCCUACACGUCAGACGACUUUGGCACCGCAGCAAAUUUGGCUGGUACAUCUGAUCAAAUAAAUGCUGGCAAAACAACGACGACCCCGUUAGAUGAAGGUAUAACUAGAAAUCCACAAAGUUUAAGUUCAUUUGCAGGGGAAUCAUUUUCAUCUGGUUCUAAAUAUGGACAAUCUGACGCGGUGCCUACAAUAAGCCCGUUAAUAAGCCCAAUCAUGUCAACUAAAACACUGUCUGUUUCUGAAUCAGGCUUAGCUGAAUCCAGUAUACCAUCGAUUAAGACUUACAUUAAAGAAACAACCAGUUCUAACUUGUUGUCUGAAAGCCAAAUUGUAUCUACAGUACCAUUAAAACGGGAAGCAUCAUAUAGUUCAUUAUCGGGAACAAGUAAUUCGCAAAUGGAACUUUCUAAGGAAGUAACUCGGCCUUCCGUUACAUUAGUUAAAAAAUCAAACGCGUAUGCCACGAAUACAGAUGAUGAUAUUAUUAUAUCAGACACUUUAUUGCCACAAUCUUUACCAACAGCAGAAUCGGAGAUCUAUUCAACAACUCUGUCGUUGUCUAUUAGACCUUCAUUGCUGAGGACUGUGGCAACGUCAGUUGAAAAGAUACAAUUAACUGACAAUACAGAGUUCGUAAAACCAUCAGUAACUGAGUCAGGACAAUUUUCAACCAGUUUGUAUGAAAACAUGAUAGCACCCUCUGAUACGAACUUAAAGGAAAGAAAGGCCAGUUCUAUUUAUGUGGCGAUUACCGAUUCAGUGCAACCAUCAUUGCAGUUAAGCGACAGUUUACUGGCUGCAUCAGCUACACCAGGUAUGUCAAUGACUAUUAAUCCUGGAGUAAUUAGAACUCCAGAAGGAGUAAGGAAUGCUGAAAUGUACUCUUCAUAUCUGCAUGAUGAAUCACUGAAGUCAGUUAAUAAAGUUACUGAAAUGCAUGAAUUGUCUAGUCUUGAAGUAAAUUUUAUAACCAAUGCAAGUAAUAAACAUACAGCAACAUCAUUAUCUAGACAGCAUGAGUCGUCUACAUCCUCCCCUGAACUUCCCUUAGUUCAUUCACUUUCAUCGACGUUGAGUUCCACAGGCGGAAAACAAAUCCACCCUGAAUCACUCCUUCCUGUUGAUGAAACAUUGGUACAUACUCCAUUGGAAUUUCCUUUAAGUUCCAAAUUUUUAACUCAAAAUGAUAUUGCAGAUUUAGUACAGGCAACCAAAUCGAUUACAUUGGACAACAGUCAUUCGUCUAUGGGUGCUGCAACAUUUGCAUUUACGUCAAGUUUUUAUUUGUCAAGUGAACAUUUAUCAGUUGUGAACACAGAUUCCCCUACUAAUCAAGGUAGUGGAACUUUGAAUAUUAAUUUACUUCGAACAGUUUCUAGUCAUUCGCUAUCCCCACGCAUUUCAUCAUCAAUAAAGGCUACACCUUUGACUCCGUCAUUAUCAACAGACAUUCUAACGCUAUCGGAUAAAUCUAUUUUGUUGUCUUCAACAGAGAAAUCUCCAUCACAGACAGCACAAUCUCAAUCAGAAGAAACAGAAAGGCCUGUUCCAUUGGACAUCUUGAAUUCUAUACUUUCGAAACAGACACAUCCAACACCGGACACAAUUUCGAUCACAUCGGUGAUACAGCCACCAAGCACAUUUGAUAUGGACACAGAAUCUAUAAUAUUUGAACCAGUUGACGAUUUUAGUAGUAUAAGUCCAUCUGCGUCAUUGGCGACAUCAACACAAACAAAAAGUUCACCAGUUUCACACGGGCAGACAAAGUCAGAUAUUUCUUUUUCUAUCGUAUUGGAGGACUUGUCAUCCGUAGGUCAAACAAAACAAACAAUAUCAUCCACAACUUCGCAGUUGAGGCUCGAGUCGACACCUUCUUCAACUGUAUUGGAGUAUCUAAGAACGACUAGGACAGAACAAUCCAUUCAAAAUUUGGAACAAGCAUACCAACUUUCCGAACGAUCAUAUCAGCAUUCCGAACAAUCAUUCCAAAGGUCGACUAAACUCACAAUUUAUUCUUCAUCUGUGGAAACUCAAACAUCAGAUACUAUAUAUCCAGCUAAAAUGACGUCAUCAGUAUCAUUAUCAAUACCAACAGAGUCAAUGGAUGAUUCGUUUGUCGAUUAUGAGUAUAUUACUUCGUCAUAUGCAGAGACAGUUUCUCUUCCGGAAUCUUCAUUCUUUACUAGUUUGUCAGCUAGCUCUGUGUUGCUAUUAGAUCCCGACGUCACUUCCAGUUCAGAAUUUCAGCCACUUCCUAUGCCUUUACUCACAACGCCACCUAUUCUUUCAACCUCUACGCUAGAUGUUGUAUCUUCUCAGAUCCUUUCUUUACCUCUAGCACUAUCUGACUCAUCUUCGUCCCUCUCUGUUCCUGAACCAUCCACUUCGGCUCCAGUUCAGCCAAUGUCAUCUGCAGCUCCAGUCCAACCGACGUCAUCUGAGGCUCCUGUUAAGCCGAUGUCAUCUGCACCUACAGUACAACCGACGUCAUCUGAGGCUCCAGUUCAGCCAAUGUCAUCGUCAGCUCCACUACAGCCGACGUCAUCGUCAGCUCUGGUUCUGCCAAUGUCAUCUGCACCUACAGUACAGCCGAUGUCAUCGUCAGCUCCGGUUCAGUCGACGUCAUCGUCAGCUCCGGUUCAGCCAAUGUCAUCUGCAGCUCCAGUACAGCCGACGUCAUCGUCAGCUUCGAUACAGCCAAUGUCAUCGUCAGCUCCAGUUCAGCCAAUGUCAUCGUCUGCUCCGGUUCAGCCAAUGUCAUCUGCAGCUCCAGUACAGCCGACGUCAUCUGAGGCUCUAGUACAACCGACGUCAUCUGCAGCUCCGGUUCAGCCAAUGUCAUCGUCAGCUCCGGUUCAGCCAAUGUCAUCGUCAGCUCCGGUUACGCCAAUGUCAUCUGCAGCUCCAAUACAGCCGAUGUCAUCUGAGGCUGAGGUUCAGUCAAUGUCAUCUGCAGCUCCAGUCCAACCGACAUCAUCUGCAGUUGCAGUUCAGUCGACUACAUCUGCAGAUCUAGUCCAGCUGACAUCAUCUGCAGCUCCAGUUGAACAAACAUCUUCUGCAGCUCAAGUUCAGCCGACAUCAUCUGUAGGUCCAGUUCAGAUAACGUCAUCUGUAGUCCCAAGUGAACCAUCGUCAUCUGUAGUUCCGGUUCAACAGACAUCAUCUGCGCAUCUGGUUCAACCAACGUCAUCUGCAUCUGUAGUUCAUCCAACGUCAUCUGAAUCUCCUGAUCAGCAAACGUCCUCUGUAACUCAAAUUCAGCCGACGUCAUCUGCAGCUCAAGUUCAGCCAACUUCAUCUAUAGCUCCUGUUCAGCCAAUGUCAUCGGAAGCACCUGGUCAGUCGACCUCAUCGGCAGCUUUAGUGCAACCAACUUCAUCUGUAGCUACAGUUCAACCAACAUCAUCUGAAGAUCCUAUUCAUCCAACGUCAUCUGAUAUUCAUGUGCAACCAAUGUCAUCUGCAGCUCCAGUGCAGCCAACGUCAUCGACAGUUCCAGUUCAAGCAACGUCAUCGGUAGACCUUGUUCAGCCAACGUCAUCGGCAGCUUCAGUUCGUCCAACAUCAUCUAAAGCCCCCGUUCAGCAAACGUCAUCUGGAGCCGUUGUUCAGCGAACUUCAUCUGUAGACCUUGUUAAGCCAACGUCAUCGGCAAUUCCAGUUCAGCCAUCGUCAUCUGCAGCUCCAGUUCAGUUUACUUCAUCUGCAGCUCCUAUUCAGCCAUCUGCUUCUGAAACCCCUGUGCAGGAAACAUCAAGUGCUGCCCCCGUUCAUCUUACAUCUACUGAACCUUCUAUUCAGUCAUCCACUGAAGUUCAUGUACAGCCGUCGCCUUCUGACGCACAUGUCCAAACAACGACUUCCAAAGCACAUGUGCAGCCAUCAUCUACGGAAGCUCAUGUACAGCCAUCGUUUACUGGAUCACAUGUACUGUCGACAACUGAAGUCCAUGUACAACAAUCGUCUUCCCAAGCUCCAGUUCAGCCAAAGUCUACCGACGUUUCUGUACAACAAACGUCAACUGAGCCUCCUGUACAGCCUUCAUCCACUGAGACUCCAAUUCACCUUUCAACAAAUGAGGCUCAUGUUCAACCAAGCACUACUGAAGCUCCUGUACAGUUAUCAUCUUCUGAAGCCCCAGUACAACACACUUCAAGUACGGUUACAUCUACGGAAGGCCUUGUGCAGCCAACUACUUCCGGUGUAGUUCAAGAAACAUCAAUAGGCUUUGAAUCGCAAACUUCAGUGGUUCUUCUAUUGUCAACUGGGGAACCAGUUCAACCAUCGUCUGUAUCACCAGUUUCAUCAACUGCAAGUCUAGUUCAUCCAUCAUCAACUCAAUCCUUGACAUCAGAGGCUCAGGUUCAACCAACAUCUGCUUCAUCAGUGCCUUCAACUGAUUCUCAAAUGCAGCCUUCGUCUUCAGGUCUUUUAAUGUCAUCUAUGGCUCCAACUCCGUCAUCAUCAUCUGCAGGACCUGCGAUGACGACCGAAUUCCCAGUGCAACCGUCAUCUGCAGCACCUGUAAUAUCAACCGAAGCACCAACUCAGUCAUCAUCAUCCGUUUAUACUAUGUCGACCCCAGCCCUAGUUCAGUCAUCAUCAACGGCUCCUGUCGCAUCAACUGAGAAAGCAGCUGAGUCUUCGUCGUCACUGCAUUUGAUGUCUACUCAAACUCCUAUUCAACCGUCAUCUACACCAGCCGUCAAAUCAUCAGAGGCAUCAGUUCAGCAAUCAUCAUCAGUACCUGAUAUGUCGACUGAUAUCCAUAUUCAGUCGUCAUCAGCGGCACUCGUCACAUCAACUGAGGUACCAGUUCAACAAUCGUCGUCUUUACCUGUGACAUCAUCUCAAAUUAUAGUUCAGCCGUCAUCUGCAACGUUUGUCACAUCAACAGAGGCACCCGUUCAGUCAUCAUCAACUCCUGCUACGUCAACUCAAGCUCAUGUUCAGUCAUCGUCUGUAGCACCCGUCACAUCAACUGGAGAAAUGGUUCAGCCGUCAUCGACCGCAGAUGUGACGUCAUCACAAGUCUCAGUUGAACACUCGUCUGCAUCACCUGUCAUAUCAACUCAGGCCCCAAUGCAGUCGUCAUCGUCCACCCCCGUAACGUCAACUGAAAUUUUAGUUCAACCGUCAACUUCAUUACCUGUCGCAUCAACUCAGGCCCCAGUUCAGACGUCAUCCUCAGUAUCCGAAGUUUCAACACAGGUUGAAGUUCAGCCAUCGUCAUCGGCCUUUGUGUCAUCAACUCAGGCCACAACUCAAUCAUCAUCGUCAACUGCGAUGACAUCAUCUGAAGCUCCGAUUCAACCAACAUCUUCAGCACCUGUCACAACGUCUGAAGCAGUUAAAUCAUCAUCUGAAAAAGUUGUAGCAUCCACGGAGAGCCAAAUUCAGUCAUCAUCAUCAGAUGAUGUUACGUCAACAGAGACCCCAAUGCAAACAUCCACUCCUAUUCUUGUGACAUCAACAACAGCUCCAUCAACGUCAUCUGUUGUACAAAUUAUAAGUAGUUCUACAGAUGUACCAGCUGUUUCCUCAUCAGAGGCAGUAACAUCUAGUAUAGCUCCAACUACAACUAUUACAAUGACGCCUUCAGAAGUUCCUACGACAACAAAGAAGCCUUCAACAGAAGCGCCUGUUACAGAAGCGUCAACAACGCAAUCAAGUACAACAGAAACAACAUCUACCACGACUACAACAUCUGUAGCAUCAACAACAACACCGGAAGUAUCAACAACAAGCGAUGCAUCAACAACAACUCAAGCAUCAAAAACAACAACACAAGCAUCGACAACGCCGGCAGUUCAAACAACACCACCACUACCGGUAAUUACAUACCAGAUUGAUGGUUCGUUGAGAAUAACAGGCGGAGAAAGCUGGAGUGACGCACUUGCAGACAAAAACUCACCAGAAUAUAAUACCUUGGAUCAAACAUUGAGGAAGAUGUUGAAGGAGGUUUAUGGUUCUGGUGAAUUUGGAAAUAGAUUCUACAGUGUCGGACAUAUAACGUUCAGCCAAGGAAGUAUAAUUGCAUCUUUCAAACUGAAUUACACUGGAAGUGGAGCUAUCAAUAUGACAACGCUGAACGACCACGUGACAAGUAAAGUAGACAGUGGAAGUUUCGGAACCUUGAUUGUAGACAAGGCAGCAGUAAGACAUUCCAUUGGUAUUCAACCAACAACACCGACGCCACCAACAACACCGGCACCGUCGACAACACAAUCGAUCCAAGCUUCAACAGAAAAGUCAUCAGAAAAGUCAGAACUUCCACUUCCGCCAUGGGGUAUUGCUGUUAUUGUCUGUGGAGCACUUGUUUUAAUUUUCCUUCUUACAAUGAUUGCAAUUCUGUGCACACGGAGACAGACGAGGAUGAUGAAAUAUCGUAUGUCAGAUGAUAUGGAUCCAGAUGAUAUCGGAUAUCGUCGUAGCUGGGGCAAUGGAGAAACGAACCAUGCCUAUGAUAAUAAACAAGAGACGAUGGCAGUUAAUGAAGAAAUGAAACAUCCGGUGCCAUUUUUUGAUAUAGAAAAUAGUGAAACAAAAGAAUUAGACCCAGAAUAUAAUUACAAUUUAGAGGAUUCUCCAAACAAUGGAUACUCAAGAUUUCCAAGCAACGGCAACGCGAAUUCUCUUCCACGUGACUAUAUGAAAACAUUUUAUGAUAAAAACACUGCCACAUGGGAAACUCAUUUGUAGUAAAGCAUUUUAUGAUAGGAUAAUAAUCAAAUUUGAGAUACGUUGAUUGAAUUAAACGUGUGUGAAACAACGAAGAGUAGGCCUGUAUAGACAGUGUUAUUGACAAUGAACAACUGCAUGGUACUUGUUCGGUUUAUGCCAUCUAAUGGCCUUACCGAGACUUACCGAGUAUAUGAUUUGGAAUAAAAAGACGAAAUAGUUUAUUUUGUGACUUAGUCACAAAGGAUAGUGGUCACUAAAUGCAACGUUAGGAAAGACUAUUGGAAUCAAAUCCAAAAUUCUAGGCGUGCUCAACUUUUGUAUUUAUUAUUGAAAUGUGUAUCAUGAAUUAUGUAUAUAUUAAGUUGUAAAAAUUAGUUGGGAAAUUAGGUUUUGAAUCACAGUAAAAACCCAUAAUAAUUUCAAAUACACCAGUAACAAUUCAAGAACAAAUACAAAUGUCCGAAAUGAUUUACAUUCGUAUUAAGCAUUCAUAAUUUAAGUUUUUUUAUAACCCGGGCAUACAUAUUUUAAAGCUUAUAUCAGUAAAAAUACUAUUGAACUAUUUUAUACUGAUCUGAUAAAAGUAAAACAUUUUUAUUGUUACUGGUUACAGACUCGGAUUUCGAAAACAAAAACACAGAAAGAAUAUGCCAUUGUGUAAAAUAGUAAUUAUUUUUUGAAAUAUACUAUAUGUUGUCCAAAUGGUGCUUAAUAUAGGAUUUUGUAACUUUUAUUAGCAUUCGCUUUUGACAAUUCUGAAUAGAUUUCUUUCGAUAAGUAGAUGAAUUUGAUAAAGUGCAACUUUUAUUCCAGGAUGAAUAUGUUUUGAAAUGAAACCAUUGUUAAACCUUGGUGUAAACUAAAUUUUUAAAAUAUUAGCUACGGGUAUAAAUGCCUAUGGUGGGGAUAGUGUAAAAUUGAAUUGGUAAACCUUUUUUAAGGAUUUCACAUAAACCGACAUGAAAAGUGCAUAUAAUGGGUUUCAAUUCCUGAUCACAACGUAUUUAUAAUGAAGAUUAUCUGAUAACCUCCAAAAAUAUUCAUUGUUUAUUUUGAUAAUUGUACAUCAAUAUAACUUUGAUUAUCAAAAUUAACAAUACAUUCCCUCAGAGAAGAAAGGUUAUGUUGACUAUAUACGAAUAAAACAUAGUCACAUGACCGAGGAGCCUUUGGGUACCACCUUAACUAACGUUCAUAUCAUUCUGUGGAAACUCAAUUUAGUUAAAUAUAUUGUUGAUUUGUGCACAUAUAUUAUUUGUUGAUAUAUUUAUACAUUUUUAUUUUUACAUUUAUAACAUAUUUGUGAUUGUUGUUUUGUCUGGUUUACAUGUACACCUUAUGCUAGCAGAUUAACUUUUGUGAUGGAAAUACAUGCUAAGAUAGUGUCUUUUCAAAGCUCUAUAUUUUGAUUGAUGUGUUGGUUAUCAAAUUAAAGUAAGCUGUAAAAAAUGUCAAAUUAUAAUAGUAAUUAAUUGGGAAUCCCUGACACAGUAGAAGAAAUUAGUGAAAAUAAUCCUUAUUAGUUAAUAAACACCAAUUUCUUUCUAUAUAAGCUGUUUCGGAUUUAUCACUUCAACCAAAAUUGAAAUUCUCCGACUUUCGUAAACAUUUUGGGAAGUUCGAUAUUGUCAACGGAAAAACACGACAAUUUUCAAGGCAUGAUUUCAAAGUAUGUAAACUGUAGUAAAAUUGCAAUAAAUGAUGAACCAAUCAAUUAGGACUGGUGAAUUCUUAUCUGUAAAAGAAUUGUGAUCAAAAACAUUCCAUGAAAAAUUGAAAUAUUCCAAUAAAUUAUAUAUUUAUAUAUUUUUGUACUUCUUAGACCUGUUAGAUGAUUUGUUUAUAACUUUCUUCUUGUUUCUUAUUUUGUAAAUAAAUAAUAUACUAAAUAAAAGGGAGGGUCUGUCUAAUUAUUGAUUGUUAUUUUCUAGUUUUUGUUUUAAAAUCAAACAGAUGUGAUGGCAUUAUAAUAAAGAUGCAAUUUGACAGGGCAUUGCUUAAAAGUUAGGUAUUUGAAUCGUGUUGUACAAAAGAAAAGAUUUAUUGUAAACUACGAUUGGUUAACAACGCCCUAAAUACAACGAAUAUCCGACAUAUGGCGUCACCUGAUGCUUCUAUUUGCGGUGUAAGAUCAAUGCAAUUAACCGUCAUUCUGUUGAAUCUUAAUUGACGAAUUACAUAAACUUAUGCAUGGAUAAUACAUUAAGUAAUAAAAAUGGUGUAUAUUUUCUUUAAUAUGCAAACUAAAAACAACAGUCAGUUUAUUCGUUUAAUCAGCUCAUAAGUUUACUAAUGUGCAAAUUUUAGGGUGUGCUGCUUAAUAUCGUAAAGUUAUCGGAAAAAAUCUCAAGUUUAUAUAAAUUCUAAGGGUAAUAAUUGUUUUUACGUCUCAGUUUACUUUAUUGCGCCGGUGUAUUGAUUUGCAUUAUGCUAUCUAGCCAGUUAAUUUAUUCGUUAUAAAAAAUAAAUAAAUUGUCAUAAAUGUUUAUAAACGUUUCACUUUGUCUCAGAUAUUUGUGAUGAUCGAGUAUAUUAAUGCAUGAUGCGAAAACGACUGUACACUAGUCAUAGUUACCCUCUGUCGCACAGUAUGAGUUUUGCUAUUAGUACCCAUUGUCCGUAAUGAUUUAAAGGGUAUUCAACAUAAAGUGAACCUCAAUGGAGAAUAUAUCAUUCACUAAUGGACAUAAUUUUUACCUUUAUUUUAGAAUAAAUGGCAUACAAACAAUCACAUGUGCUGAUCUCUAACUUAAUACCAACCUCUCAACGGUAUUUUUCAACGCAAUGUAAGGUAAAACAAUUAUUGUUUUAUUUUGUCUCAACAUUUUUUAAAGUAUUUGAUCUGAACUGUCAUAAGUGAAGUUAUAAGUAAAUGUCUCACAUGAUGUACAUGUUGUCAGUAAUAUUUAAAGUAGUAGACCCAGGUUGAGGGAAUCAACUCUUUAAAAUCAGUUAUGCGUUUUACAAGUCGGUCCCUUCAAUGCUUUUAACAAAAUUAAAAUAAUCUGCGUUACUUAGAAGUUUACAAUAAAAUGGCACAAAGAUACCAGUUACCUUGGCCUUGGUCUACUAUAAAUUUCUUAAUAAAAUUAGUCAAUCAAUGUUUAUUGAAUACUAAUCAAAAUAACAAAUUUGUAUAAAACUGCUAAAUGCUCAAUGCCAAAAUAAUUAUUUUGAUAACUGUUAAUGAUAUGUUUGUAAUGAAGUAUUAAUUUUAUUAAAAGUUAGUUAAAUGGAAAUAUACUUGGACAUUAUUUUUAUUGUUGCUUAUCAAUUAACUAAGGAAUUUUCUUUUAUAUAUAUUAAUAUUGUAAUAUGUUAGGAAAAUGAAUAUUAAGAGAAAACAUAUUAUCAAUUUCCAUAUCUGUCGCUGGUAGAGUAAUUGUUCAUUAUUUAUAUUUUGGUAGGUUAAAUUUACAUUAAUAUAUGCAUAUAUAUUAUAUGUGUGUGUAUCUAUGCAAUACAAUUGAUAACAUACGAUAUUAUUAGUGAUGUGUGUAUGUAUGUGUAUGAAUACAAUCGUGAAAGUAUACAUUAAUCAGUAAGACAUUCAAAAAAGAUAAUAUAAAAACGGCGGAUUUAUAGUUCCUUCUCGUGAAGAGACACACUGGCAUUAUAUUGGAGUUCGGUAUUGGGUCUUGAUGUUUAUAUUUUAAUCAUGAUUAGUAUUUAUAGUUAUUUGAUAUUUAUAAGGAUUCAGUGGCAAAGCAAAUUAAGCGGAAAACGUUUUAACUCUUGACCGGAAGAUCUACCAUAGUUGAAAUGACUGCUUCACUAUGUUAAGAAGAGGCAUAUGAAAUUUUAAGUUAUCGCGGUAUAGCAUCAAUUCCAUUAAAAUAUCACGUGAUGUUUGAUACGCCCAUUGUUAAACUAGUUAAUGUCAUGGUGGUUAUUUUACGUAAAUAAGAGUUACCGGUCUUGAUAACAAUUUCACCAAAUACCAUACACAUUUUCUAGUUCACACUAAGGGUCCUUAGCGAAGUAUUUUUCUUUAAAAUAAGAAUGAAUGGCAAUUUAUUUUAAUUGAUAUCAUAUUUACCAAUUUCAUCCGUAACAGUGACACGAUAUGUUCACGUGAUGUACCUGCUUAUGUUUUCUAUACUCUGAUUAUAUAUAUAUUGUAUACGUGAGUAUGUUUAUAUGAUAUGUGUAAAUGUAUGUAUAUAAAUGGUAUAAUUGCUUAGUAUAAAUGUAGUUACGGAGUGUAAGCAUUGUGUAAGAUUAUAUAUAUUGAAUAUACAUUUUUACAAAACGAA